AUGAGAUUCGCUUCCACUAUUGUUUCUGCUUUGGCAUUAAUUUCCGCUUCUGUCGCUGAAACCACCCAACCAGAAGUUACGGCUGCUGUUACUGCCGUUCCAAUUGCUGCUCCAAUUGCUGCUCCUUCUGCAGUUACUGUCCCAGUCGGCGUUGGCUCUCCAUUACAAGGUGCUGUUGUUUCAGACAAUGGCAACGGAGGAAUCAAUGUUAACUACGGUAACUUUAAGCUCAGUUGUAACUCCCACUGUAAAAUGGCUGCUGAUGCCAUUCAACAAAAUUGUGAAAACAAAGGUAUCAACUGUAUCUGUGCUUUGUCUGAUGACGUCUUAUGGAACCAUAUCCCACAAUGUGACUGUGUCAACCCAUUCAAGAUUAUGAAUGGUGCCAAUUUCAAGAAUUUGGCUUGUAACAUUGGUAGAGGUGUUGUUGCCAAUGUUGCCAACAAUGUUGGUGCUACUUUUGCCACCACAUAUGCUACUACCUUUACCACUGUUACUACCGCUUAA